ACGCCUCCUCGUGUGGUUUCAACGAUCUGUUUCGACGUCAAGCGAUUUGGCUUUUUAUUUCAGUUGUGCUGCCAAGACACAAACUGGGCAGCCGAUGAGCCCAUGAUGGAAUCACCAGAGGUCCUCAGGGAGCCCGCGGUCGCGGUGCCGCAGUCGCGGCGCACAGUAGAAGAAGUGUCUGAUGCAGACACGCCGCGCAGCGCGACACUGCCCCAGGCGGUCGCGGCCACGACGCCGCACCACACCAUCGCGACACCGCACAUCAUGGCGGACGGCAGCGGUGCGGGCGCGAUGGAAGACGACUCGGACGACGCGGCGCCGCGGGGAGGCCGGGCCGCGCGCCGCCGCGCGCCGCCGCCGCGGAGCAGCAGCGACGACGACAGCAGCCGAUCAAAAACCAGCAAAGAAGCUGCUGCUCCACUCACCGCUCCUCUUGCCGCUCCACUUACCGCGCGCGUGCCGGACGCCGCCGACGGCUACGCGGCCACGACUCCUAGAGUGCGCACGCCGGCCGCGCAGCGCGCCUACGAGGAGAAGCACGCCGACUCCGACGACGACCAGCCACCCCCGAAGCCUGAUAAAGACUCCUCUGAUGACGACGACGGCCCCGUCUACGACGACAUGGAGGACCUGCACCAAGGUAUGAGGGAGAUGAUCGGCACGGACGACUUUGACAUGGGCCGGAACCUGGGCAUGUCGACCUACUUCUACACGACCUUCCUCAAGGCCCUGUUGGUGGCGUGUCUGGUCGCUGGUUUGUUCUCGUUGAAGAUCAUGCGAAGGUAUCGGCGGGGCCACUUCGGCACCCGAACUUCCAGAGACGCGGCGUGGCUCCGGUCGUCGGCCUGGUGCCCCGACUACGUCAAUGUGGAGGCGACGCGGGGCUGCGGCGGUCGGGAAGACGGGAACUGGCGGCGGCACGACUCGGCGACGCACACUUGUGUGGCCACAUUCGCGGAGAAGUGCCACCUCGACUACUGGAAUGUCGUUGUCUGGGACGUCGUCGCAACCACACUACUAUGCCUCGUUUUGAUUAUUUAUAUUCAAAGAUCUGGCGUCGAGUAUCGUAGGUUAGACGAGGCCGUGCAGACGCCGCAGGACUACACCUUGGCCGUGCAAGAUCCGGACGCCGACGCCGACGACCCAAACGAGUGGCGCGACUUCUUCCAGACCUAUGGGAGGGUGCGGGCCGUCACGAUCGCGCGGAGCAACGGUCGACUAUUAGAUGCGUUGACGUCGCUCUGGAGGAUAUUAGCAAGGCAGGCGUUCCUGGACGACGGGGACGAUAGACGAGACCUCGAGAAGCACGCCGAGCUCGCGCGUGAUAAAGUGAGAUCGUUGGUCGGGAGGAAACCGGCGGCGACCGUCUACGUCACGUUCGAGCACGAAAAGGACGCGCAGAAAGCUUUAGAGAGACUCGGAAGCGUGUCGGCGCGGGAGGCGUCGAAGAACAAAUCCAAAAAAUUGAGGGAGAAGGAUUUGUUCCGCGGCACGAAUGUGUUAAGAGUGAAGGAGGCGCCCGAACCCGUGGACGUGGAUUGGCGGUCCGUCGGGAAAGCAAGCAGGUGGCGCAAUUUAAUACAAAAAAUCCUGGCCUUCGUCACGACCUGUGCGGCACUGACGGGUGUCAUGAUGCUCAUCGUCGUUUUUGGACAUGUUAGACAUCAUAUCGGCCUGCCGGCGUACACCGAUGGGUUAGUGGUCGCCUUCCUGAACGCGCUGUUGCCUUAUCUAUUCAGGUUGUGGGCGUCCGUCGUCGAGGUUCACAGAACGGAAUCAUCUAGACAGAUGUCCUUGUUUCGCAAGCUAUAUGUUGCUAGGGUAUUAAAUGGCAUUCAAGUGGUAUUGAUGCACAAGGAGACCGAAGACCCGACCUGGCCCCAGGCGCUCCAUCGGAGAACUCUUAGAAGAUUACUCAAUUUGGUCCUGUCGGAACUGGCCGUGGCGCCUCUGUUGAGACUAUUCACGGCGGAGGUGUACUUCCGGUGCGACCUCGUGCAAUUCUCGACGAAGUUGAAUAUUCAGCUCAGCGUCUGGCAGAUAAGAUUGAUGAAUUGGGGUAGGAAAGCCCCCGACGAGUACGUGGACGACACAGAAACAUUCAAAUCUUUAAAAACGGUGUUCGACGAGGCGGACGCGUCCCAUAAACUGGCCGACGGCGACCUCGCCGAUAGACUCGCGGACGCGGUGAAGAUUGUGUUGAACGCUGCUUUAUACUCGUUACUGUUCCCGGCGGGGUAUUUUUUCCACGUCGGUGCUCUAUUAUUAACCUACGCGCUCGACAAGUACCAGCACCUGCGACGGCUCCGGCCGCCGAAGGCGCGGGACCCCUCGAUCGUCAUUGCCGCGGCUUUAGAUGUUUUAUGUUUGGCGCCCGUCCUCAAGUUCGGCUACGCUUUACUGUUGGCGUACUCGUGGCCCUUCGAUAAUGUGAUGGAGGAAGACGAUGGGUCCUACACGCGCGUCGACAAGGGCAUCCCUUUACAUCACAAAGUGCGUCAUUCAAGCUGGCAGGCGGACUUUUUAAGAUUGCUAAAUCAGAUGCGACGGGGCGCGCCGCACCGGCGGCCCUUCAUGGCGAAGGACCAGCGGCGAUCUCUACAACUCUACAAGUACGCCCUCUACGCGUCGCUGGCGGUCGUAAUCCUAAGAUUGAGCUGGCAAUUUUUAGCUGCUUUAGUACGCUACGUUUGCGGCGGCAACGCGUGUCGGCAGCAGGUCGGCGCGGCCCAGGACGUGGCCUUUUCGUCCUGUCCCGAAGCCUUACAAAUCUACGCGCCCGUGUUGGACGUAGAUGGCUUCAUCCUGAACGCCGCGGCGGGCGUGGACAAGGUGCCGCAUAGGCACCUGCCGUUGUACGGCGUGGCCCAUCAGGCGCGGCACAAGGUCAUGCACUUAUUGGGCGCCACAAAGAAGCGCGAUAAAAUGAAAAGACCGAAGCCCGUGGCGCCCGUUUUUGAUCUGGAACGGUUGCUACGGACGUGCCUCAAGGAGGACCGGAGUCGCGUCGCGCGGGACAACCUGGACCUGGUCGCGUACUGGGCGCCCUCCGACAAGAGCUGCCGGCCCAAAUGUAGGAGGUUCCAGAACGAUAGAGAUUUGGGGAAGAAUUGGGAGGACAUCCGAGCGUGCCUGCUGGCGGACCUAGCCCAAGCUUCCUUGGGGCCCGGUCAGAUACCGUACCGCCGCGGCAUCGACGGGUCGAUCGACAAGAAGAUCCGCGAGGUCGCUCUCCAGCGGCGGUGGCGACCUGUGCAGAAAUCAAAACUUUACGGCGCGUUCGUGCUGAACCGUCGCGUCGUCCUCCACGCCAUCGACGCGACGCCUGCUCGAUGGCGUGGCGAUGCCGGUUCCUAGCCGCUCGACGGAGCCAGCACGGCCGCGUCGUCGCCGAGAAUUGACUUAGUGCACCCGACGCACCGGUGAUUUCCACACAGGUGGCAACCGGUCGCCAAGAAGAAGAAGUCUUCUAAGAGAAGGAAGGACUCUCCGAUUGAACCGAAGGAGCCUCACCCCCGCUUGACGUGGUGCGGCUUCGCCAAGACCUUUAAGGCGUGCGGCGCGUGCGUGUGCCGCGACGCGCAGCGCAAUCGGCUCGGGCGCUUGUUCAACGACAUGACUUCUGAUGACGACCCGGAUCAUGUGUUAGUCGGCGCUCUCGUCGCUCGGUCGUUGGAGGCGUAUCGGUACCGCCACCUCGGCGUGCACGGUUCUCGACGAAAGCCGGCGCCGUUGUAUGAUGUAUUAAGGGACGACCAAGGAAGGAGCAUACCGCCGGACUACCCCCAGAAUGAUAUGGACGUCGACGCCGAGCGCCGCGCGUAUCGGGACGUGGACCACCGCUGGGACCACCAGACGCUCUCGCGGAAGCACCACAAGGACAUGACGAACGCCGCGGGCACGGUCGAUCAUCGCACGCGAUCCAUUCCUGUCACUGAUUUCGCCGUCGCGACGCCCGCGGCGGACGACGCCUGGCUGAAAUGCGUGGACAGCGAAAACCGGCCGCCCCCGGACUCGCACUACGUCGUGCCGGCGAAGGGCCUGCGGCCCCCUCCGUCUCGCAUCGCGCGGCGGCCUUUGGAGCCCGUGGACCAGCCGCCGCCGCCUCCGGCAGCUACAGCGAAGGAGGAGGACGCGUCCCUCGUGUCGUCGCUUCCCGAAGAGUACCGUUACGCGUCCGACGAGAUGUCCUCGUCCUCUUCUUCCGAAGACUCGGACGAGUACGACGACGACGGCUAUAGACGGGGGCGCUGGACGCACCGCCCGGCCGACUUCUAA